AUGCGGACGGAUGAAGAGAAGGCCUCGAAGGGCGCCGCGGACCAUGUCGAUGAUCUGAAGCAGGUUACUACUGCUGAUGUCGAUGAGGAUGAAGAGUUCUCGCGCCAGCAGCAGCGCAAGAUCAUCCACCGCAUCGAUGCGCGGCUGGUCGUCAUUUGUGGUGUGGGAUACCUCGUCAGCUUGAUGGACAGGACCAACACCUCUGUUGCUGCCAUUGCUGGCAUGACCAAAGAUUUGGGUCUGAAGAUAGGAUUUAGAUACUCAAUUAUUGUCCUGCUGUUCUUCGUCACAUACAUCAUUGCUCAACCCAUAGCAACCGUAGCCAUCAGAAAAAUUGGGCCCAGAAUAUUCAUUUCCUUCAUUGUUUUCACAUGGGGUGUCAUUCUGAUAGGGUUUGGCUUUGUCAAGGAUUGGCAGCAGAUGGCUGGCCUGCGGGCACUGCUGGGCUUCCUCGAAGCUGGAUUCUUUCCGGGAACAGUAUACCUCCUGUCCACCUGGUACUGCCGACGUGAGUCAUCCUUUGAUAUUAUACCCAGCCAAAAAAAAAUUACACAAGUUAACAAUGCUAUAGAUGAGGUCCAGAAGCGGUACUCGGUCUUCUACAUCAUCGGUGCAGUGGCCGGUUCUCUCUCCGGCAUCCUUGCAUUCGGCCUCAGCCAGAUGGAAGGUCUCCAGGGCAUCCGUGGCUGGAGAUGGAUCUUCAUCAUAGAGGGAGUGAUUUCCAUCCUCGUGGCUAUCCUCAGCUACAUCUUCCUCAUUGAUUUCCCGGACCGAGCCUCCGGAGCAUGGGGAUUCCUAAACGAAAAGGAACUCGCCUUCGUCGUGAGACGAGUCAACCGUGACAGAGGAGACGUGCACGUCGAGCCUUUUACCCUGGGCAGAUUUCUCCGUCCAGCCCUCGACCUGAAGAUAUGGGGUUUCGCCCUGAUCUUCUUCUGCUCUACCACCGUAACCUACGCCAUAGCAUACUUCCUCCCCAUCAUCCUAGUGGACGGACUAGGCUUUGGCGUCGGCGAGUCCCAGUGUCUGAUUGCGCCUCCCUACGCCUUUGCUGCCAUAGUGAUGUACACCUCUGCCUAUGUUGCGGAUAAAUACCGUAUCCGCGCACCCGUCAUCGCAGUCAACUCGCUUAUUACGCUCAUCGGUCUGCCCAUGGUGGGAUUCGGCAAGGGCAGCGCCCUCCGCUACACCGGGGUCUUCCUCGCCACGGCCGGAGCGAAUGCAAACAUCCCUUCUGCCAUGGCAUAUCAGGCCAACAACAUUCGUGGCCAGUGGACCAGAGCCCUGGCCAGCGCUACACUCGUUGGCUUUGGAGGCAUCGGUGGCAUCGCGGGCAGUCUGGUGUUUAGAUCCCAGGAUGCGCCGGCAUAUAUACCCGGUAUCUGGGCUGCAAUCACGUAA